UGAUUUCAAAUUGGAUACUAUGGAUAUCGUUUAUGGUCAUUCAAGAACGUCAGUUCCAAGAUUUGUGGAAGCACAAGUCCUGAGCCCUGACUCUGCAAUUUGUGUCAGUUUAUUCCUGAGACACCUCCUCUUGCCAACUUCUCUUCAAAAGCUUCUUGAGAAUUUUAAUACCUAGAUGGACUACCCUGAAUUUGAAUCAUGAUUUUUCUAAUAUUCAGGAAAGGCAUUUGAAAGAAACAAAGAAAGAAAGGCAUUUCUAAACUCCCUUCUCAUCCUCCUUUUCUUUUCUUUAAUUAAAGUGUUCAGAGUCAGUUUGUGCGCAUCUCAAUUAUCUUGUUUGGCUUCUGGAUUAGCCUCAAUGAGGAAGCCGAGGCCACCACCUGAUCACCAACAACCUCUCCCAAAAAACCGUUCAAUGCAACACCACACAGAUCAUAAUACCUUGUCAGCUAAUCCCGAGGUACGCCAGGCUCUCUACAUUGCCAUGGCACAUGCUAGCAUGGCCCUCACAAUUUUCAUUCUUUAUGCUGUUGGUAAAUUGCUUCAAGAUUAUUUGAGGCCUCUCUUAUGGGCUGUCCUCUGUUCAAUUCCUUUGAGGGGAAUUCAACAAGCCCUUGUUGCAUUCUGGUCUGAACCUCUAAAACUAGGCCUCACAGAGACCGUAUUAGCCGUCCCCGUGGCUGUAUUCAGGGUCUUUGUUGGAACCAUUGUUGUAAUUAAGGAUAUGACAUUCAGUGUCGUUCAUAGGAGACAGAAACAGAACGAUUUAAGGCGUCAUAGAAGUGGAUUUUUUAUAUUGUUGAGGUGGCUAGUGUCGUUUUGGGUGUUUGUUAUAACCUAUGAGCAAAUUGGUGGUAUUGGAGCAGUAGCUCUUCUUGCAUUGGGAUUUAUGUUCACAGCUAACAGUGUGGACUCUACUAUUAAUGCAGUGACAUCUCUUAGGAGUCAUAGCUUUCGGAGACUCCCUAUUACUGCUUUCUUUACUAGAGGGAUAUUGAAAAGAUUGAAGACCAUUGUAGCUAUUGGAUUGAUUGUAGGGUUGAUUGUAGGAUCAUUGGCUGGUAUGAUUUUCUUCUCUUACAAAAUUGGAGUGGAGGGGAAAGAUGCAGUUUUUGCAUUGAAAUCACAUGUAGAAGAGAGUAACUAUGCUGAGAAAAUUGGCAUCAGGAAAUGGAUGGACGAACACGACGUCCCAGAGAUGGUGGAUAAGUACAGUACUCAGUUGUGCCAAACAGUAUUUGACCAAAUAGAUAGCUAUGCUAUGCAGUAUAAUAUGACUGAGUUUGUUUCUGGUAUCAAACAGUUUGUAAUAACCCCAGCGAAUAACUCUUUUGAGCGGUCCACAGCUUUGGCAUCGCGCUCCCCAUAUACUAAGAAGAUGUUGAGCCUAAAAAGGAGGAUUAAGGAUCUUGAAUGGGGGCAAAUAUACACAGAAGUGGAUGCAAUUUUCAGGGAACUACUGAUCACCAGAGUAGACUUGGUUGAGAAGGCGAAAGGAUUUGCUCGACGUGUACUUGUUAGCAGCAAAUCUGUUUUAGGUGGCAGUGUGAAGGUCAUGUUCUUGAUUGGGAAUUCCAUAGUUUCAGGAGCUGCAGGGCUUGUUAACUUUGUAUCUCAGUCGAUUUUGUUUUUCUGGGUACUUUAUUAUCUUAUCACAACCGAGUCCGGUGGAGUAACAGAACAAGUGAUAUGUAUGCUUCCCAUUUCGCGUUUUGCAAGAACUCGUUUUGUUGAGGUUCUUGAUAAAGCUAUUUCGGGGGUUCUUUUAGCAACUGCUGAGAUUGCGUUCUUUCAAGGAUGCCUGACUUGGCUGUUGUUCAGAUUAUCUUCCAUACAUUUUUUGUAUAUGUCAACUAUCCUUGCAUUCGUUAGUCCUUUGUUUCCUAUUUUCCCCUCAUUGGUUUCGACUAUUCCAGCAGCUUUGCAGUUGGUGCUUGAAGGUCGAUAUAUGCUGGCCAUUAGCUUAUCUAUUAUUCAUCUUGUGCUUAUGGAUUUUGGUACAUCUGAAAUCCAAGAGGAUUUCCCUGGCUAUAGUGCAUAUCUCACUGGUCUCAGUAUUAUUGGUGGAAUGACAUUGUUCCCUUCAGUAGUUGAGGGAGCCAUAAUGGGGCCGCUAAUAACUACAGUUUUGAUUGCAAUUAAAGAUUUGUAUGUUGAGUUUGUUUUGGAAGGACAAAAGGAAUAAGUACAACAAAUCCAAGUUUCUAAUGCUCAGAAGCCAUACAGAGAAGUGCGGUUUACUUUGUGCCCAGCAUGUGAUAGACUUUAAUUAUGUUCUGCCCAAAACUCUCUCGAGGUUUAAUUCCCUUUCAACAUGUGUUAAUAUAAGUGCAUAAAUUGCUAGUUCCUUGGCUAUUGGGUAGUAGUUAGUUUUAAAGUAGGUUUAUUUAUGUGUUAAUUUUCUAGGACAUUUGUUUGAUCUGAUGAGGGGAGAGUACUAACUUUCUCCAACGUUAAUUUCUAAUGCCUUAUUCUGUGUACAAUUAAACUUGUUCAAACAUAUCCUUUUCCUUGUAAUUUGUCAAAUCCUGUU